GUUGGAACCUCAGAGUUGUUUUUAACUUAUUUUUCAAAAAUAUUAGUGAGAUGAAGCCUUUUUAUUGAUAUCUUGGAUUGCUUCCUCUCAAAACUGCCUGUUCAUAUCCUGUGACCAUUUUAUCCACUGGUGAGUUGAUCUAAGGGGAACCAUCCUAAAAGACUUAGUAGUAACAAGUAACAAGCUUUAGUAACAAAUAAUGUGAAAUCUAUGCUAGCAAAAGGAUAGCGGUGAUGAUGUAAAGAAUGGAAAGGUUAGUUUAGUUAGGGACAGGAAAUUGGAACCUUGCAUCCAAGAUCAAAAGGAAUAGUGCCUGGCCUUUCUUCUGGUUACAAAAUGAUUUUAGAUCCUCAUAAAGAAGGGAAACCGGAAGGAAUACAGAAUGGUGGUGCUGAUGCUGUAGCUAUUCGAAUGUACAUGUGAGACAAACAGAAGGAGCCCUAGUGUUUCUGAGCAGCAGGGGGCGGGAGGAGGAACUUGGAAGGCCUGAUGGGUCCUCUGUGGGGCGGAUACUAAGACGGGUCAUCACUAGACAGCUGGAGCGCAGGCGCCGCUCCCGCUGUCAAAGCGCUGAGCUGUGGGGCCACCUGCAGAGGCAAUCCGCCCUCCUCCCCAGCUCGCCCCCUGAGAGGCUGCUCAGUGCCACCCAGGCCUUGCACUAGCCAAGCAGAUGCUACAGACCAAAGGAAGGCAGAGAGGACCCCCUUAUUUUACUGGGCUGGGAGAAAGUAUUUCCCACCCCUUUCUCCUCCUCCUCCUCCUUUUGGGAGGGUGAAUGCAGCCGCCCUCACUUGCCCCUUUGCUGGGCUUGGUUUCCAGGACACCUGUUGUGGGUCCCAAAUAGCAACCUAGCCUUUUCGGUUCCGGGGCUGGCCUGCUGGCCUCCGGGAGUAGGCGUGCUCAGAAGAGGUGAUAAACUAGGGUGGGAAGUCUGGGCGGCCGAGGGAGGCGGGGAGAGCAGCCUCAGCCAGGGGGCCCUGCAGCAUUGCAUUGAAGGGAGGGGCUGGAAUCCCGGCUGACCUUCUCAUGCUCUGCCCCCUUCCAGUUCCCUUCUCUCGCUCUCAUCCUCCGCCAGAGCACCCACUCGGCAGUUGCCUCUGCGGCUGCCCGAAAUGCCGCAGCUGAAAAGCGCAUCCCAGAGCUCAGGCAAGAUCUCCCUCCCCUCGCACCAAAGCCGGCAUCUCUGCGCUGCUCCAUCCGCAGGGUACAGAAUAGAAGAGGACUGAGUGGAUGCAAUCCUUCCCCCUCAACUAUAGCAUCCUGCAGUGGUGUUGGUGGUGGUGGGGGAGGCAGUGCUCACCUUGCCUUCGCCCUGUUAGUCUGGCUUCUAGUGUCCGCGUUGUCCCUGUGCGGACACUAGCCCCAUCGGUUCCCUCAGUCACCUCCCCCUGGCGCAAAUCGGGUUCCCAUUGGAGGUCUGGCCAACAGUUCCAGAGGCCAGGCUGGGGAGGGGGCCUGGGCGUGUCCUUAGACAGCUCUGGAUUCACUCUGGCCUCAAGCCUUCUUCCCUUUCUGCAGUUUCUUCCCCUUCCCCUUCUCUAGGGCCCAAGGCUGCUUGUGGACAACAGUCUUGGGGGUCGGUGGGGAGGGGGUAGAGCUGAACUCAUCUUUCAGCUUUGAAAGAAACUUGAGCCAUGGCGGGUUACCUGUCCCCAGCUGCAUACCUCUACGUGGAGGAGCAAGAAUACCUCCAAGCUUAUGAAGAUGUCCUGGAGCGAUACAAAGAUGAACGGGACAAAGUUCAAAAGAAAACUUUCACCAAAUGGAUAAAUCAGCAUCUUAUGAAGGUUCGAAAGCAUGUGAAUGACCUAUAUGAAGACCUAAGGGAUGGACACAACUUGAUUUCUCUCUUGGAAGUUCUUUCAGGUGAUACCUUGCCAAGAGAGCGAGAUUUUUUGAAGACCUUACGGUUGGUGAGUUCAACAGAAGCAUGCGAGUAUGAACAGCAUGAGGAUUUGGAGGAUGAGGAUAAGGGGCCCCGAGAGAAAGGCCGGAUGCGUUUUCACAGACUACAGAAUGUACAAAUUGCUCUUGACUAUUUGAAGAAACGCCAGGUGAAAUUAGUGAAUAUUAGAAAUGAUGAUAUAACAGAUGGGAAUCCCAAAUUGACUUUGGGAUUAAUAUGGACAAUAAUUUUGCACUUUCAGAUAUCUGAUAUCCAUGUUACUGGAGAGUCAGAAGAUAUGUCUGCUAAGGAGAGAUUGCUACUAUGGACACAACAGACAACUGAAGGCUAUGCUGGAAUUCGUUGUGAAAAUUUUACUACCUGCUGGAGAGAUGGAAAAUUAUUUAAUGCCAUCAUUCAUAAAUACAGGCCGGACCUGAUAGACAUGAAUAUCGUUGCUGUUCAAAGCAACCUUGCAAAUUUAGAACAUGCUUUUUAUGUAGCAGAAAAAAUUGGUGUCAUAAGACUUCUUGACCCUGAAGAUGUUGAUGUCUCCUCACCUGAUGAAAAAUCAGUGAUAACAUAUGUGUCAUCACUCUAUGAUGCAUUUCCGAAGGUACCAGAAGGUGGUGAAGGUAUCAAUGCUAAUGAAGUUGAAGUUAAGUGGAUUGAAUACCAAAAUAUGGUGAACUACCUCAUCCAGUGGAUCAGGCACCAUGUUACUAUCAUGUCUGACAGAACAUUUCCCAACAAUCCUAUAGAACUAAAGGCACUUUAUAAUCAAUAUUUACAAUUUAAAGAAACAGAAAUUCCACCAAAAGAGAUAGAAAAGACAAAAAUUAAGCGUCUGUAUAAAUUACUAGAGAUUUGGAUAGAGUUUGGACGUAUCAAACUCCUUCAGGGCUACCAUCCAAAUGAUAUAGAAAAAGAAUGGGGAAAACUCAUUAUUGCCAUGCUUGAGCGGGAGAAGACCUUACGCCCAGAAGUGGAGAGGUUGGAAGUAUUGCAGCAGAUUGCAAAUCGAAUCCAGAGGGACAGCAUAGUUUGUGAAGACAAAUUGUUACUUGCUCGAAAUGCUCUGCAGGCUGAUUCUAAAAGAUUAGAAUCAGGGCUACAGUUCCAGAAUGAAGCAGAAAUUGCUGGAUACAUACUUGAAAGUGAGACUCUUUUACGCCAACAUGUAAUUGAUGCACAAAUUCUUAUUGAUGGAAAAUACUAUCAGGCUGAUCAGCUGGUGCAGAGGGUUGCAAAACUUCGUGAUGAAAUUAUGGCCUUAAGAAGUGAAUGUUCUUCUGUGUACAGCAAAGGACGCUCCCUGACAACAGAACAGACAAAGUUGGUGAUAUCAGGAAUAACACAAAGUUUAAACUCAGGAUAUGCACAGACUUUAAAUCCCUGUUUAAACUCAGGGCUGACCCAGAGUUUAACCCCUUCCCUAACCCCUUCCAGUAUGACUUCAGGCUUGUCAUCAGGUCUGACUUCCAGAUUGACUCCAUCAAUCACUCCUUCCUAUACGCCUGGAUUUCCAUCAGGAUUAAUUUCAAAUUUUGGAACAGGAGUGGACACCAAUUCCUUGCAGACACUCAAGCUGAUGCAAAUCCGAAAACCACUUCUGAAAUCCUCUUUGUUAGGUCAGAAUUUAACAGAAGAGGAAAUCAACAUGAAGUUUGUUCAGGAUCUCUUGAACUGGGUGGAUGAAAUGCAGGUGCAACUGGAUCGAACUGAAUGGGGCUCUGAUUUGCCAAGUGUUGAAAGCCAUUUUGAAAAUCACAAAAAUGUUCAUAAAGCUAUUGAAGAAUUUGAAUCUAGCCUUAAAGAAGCCAAAAUCAGUGAGAUCCAAAUGACUGCUCCCCUCAAACUCACUUAUGCAGAAAAGUUGCACAGACUGGAGAAUCAGUAUGCAAAACUCUUGAAUACAUCCAGGAAUCAGGAGCAACAUCUAGAUACCCUUCACAACUUUGUGUCUCGAGCUACUAGUGAGCUUAUUUGGUUGAAUGAAAAAGAGGAGGAGGAAGUUGCUUAUGACUGGAGUGAAAGAAACUCGAACAUAUCCAGGAAAAAGGAAUACCAUGCAGAAUUAAUGAGAGAACUUGAUCAAAAGGAAGAAGUGAUUAAAUCAGUCCAGGAAAUAGCAGAGCAGCUACUUCUAGAAAAUCAUCCUGCCCGACUAACUAUUGAGGCAUAUCGAGCAGCAAUGCAGACACAGUGGAGUUGGAUAUUACAACUUUGCCACUGUGUUGAACAACACAUAAAGGAAAACAGCACCUAUUUUGAGUUUUUCAAUGAUGCCAAAGAAGCAACAGACUACUUAAAGAAUUUGAAAGAUGCUAUUCAUCGGAAAUAUAGCUGUGACAGGUCCAGCAGCAUCCACAAGCUGGAAGAUCUUGUCCAGGAGUCAAUGGAAGAGAAAGAAGAACUUUUGCAAUAUAAAAGCACAAUAGCAAGUCUUGUGGGCAGGGCAAAGACAAUAAUUCAGCUGAGGCCCAGGAAUCCUGAUAAUCCACUCAAAACAUCCAUUCCAAUUAAAGCCAUUUGUGACUACCGACAAAUUGAGAUAACCAUAUACAAAGAUGAUGAAUGUGUAUUAGCAAGCAAUUCCCAUCGUGCUAAAUGGAAGGUCAUUAGUCCAACUGGGAAUGAAGCCAUGGUCCCAUCAGUGUGUUUUACUAUUCCUCCACCAAACAAAGAAGCCAUUGACACAGCAAACAGAAUUGAACAACAAUUUCAGAAUGUUUUGGCUCUUUGGCAUGAGUCUCACAUAAAUAUGAAAAGUGUAGUUUCCUGGCAUUAUCUGGUUAAUGAAAUUGAUACGAUUCGAGCUAGUAAUGUGGCCUCAAUAAAAACAAUGUUGCCUGGUGAGCAUCAACAGGUCCUAAGCAAUCUAGAAUCUCGUUUUCAAGACUUCUUGGAAGAUAGCCAGGAAUCCCAAAUAUUUUCAGGCUCAGAUAUGACACAACUGGAAAAAGAAGUUAAUGUAUGCAAACAAUACUAUCAAGAACUUCUUAAGUCAGCAGAGCGAGAGGAGCAAGAAGAAUCUGUUUAUAAUCUUUACAUCUCAGAAGUCCGAAAUAUCAGGCUUCGUUUGGAAAACUGUGAAGACCGUUUGAUUAGACAGAUCCGAACCCCACUAGAAAGAGAUGAUUUACAUGAAAGUGUGUUCAGGAUCACAGAGCAAGAGAAACUCAAAAAAGAAUUGGAUCGACUCAAAGAUGAUUUGGCAACCAUCACAGAUAAAUGUGAAGAAUUUUUCAGUCAGGCUGCAGCAUCACCAUCAAUCCCUACUUUGCGCUCUGAACUCAAUAUCAUUAUUCAGAAUAUGAAUCAAGUCUAUUCUAUGUCUUCCAUUUAUAUUGAUAAGUUGAAAACUGUUAAUUUGGUAUUAAAAAACACUCAGGGGGCAGAAGCACUUGUAAAACUUUAUGAAACUAAACUGUGUGAGGAAGAAGCUGUGACAGCUGACAAGAAUAAUAUUGAAAAUCUUAUGAGUACAUUAAAGCAAUGGAGAUCUGAAGUAGAUGAAAAACGGGAAGUAUUUCAUGCUUUAGAGGAUGAAUUGCAGAAAGCCAAAGCCAUUAGUGAUCAGAUGUUUAUAACCUACAAAGAACGGGAUCUUGAUUUUGACUGGCACAAAGAGAAAGCAGAUCAGUUAGUAGAAAGAUGGCAAAGUGUUCACACUCAAAUUGAUAACAGAUUACGUGACCUGGAAGCUAUUGGCAAAUCUCUGAAGUACUAUAGAGAUACAUAUCAUCCUCUGGAUGAUUGGAUUCAGAAGGUUGAAGAUACUCAGCGAAAAAUUCAGGAAAAACAACCUGAGAAUAGCAAAACAUUGGCAACACAGCUAAAUCAACAGAAGAUGCUAGUAUCUGAAAUAGAAAUGAAACAGAACAAAAUGGAUGAGUGCCAGAAAUAUUCAGAACAAUAUGCCACUGCUGUGAAGGACUAUGAAUUACAGACAAUGACCUAUCGGGCUAUGGUAGACUCACAGCAGAAAUCACCAGUGAAACGUAGGAGGAUGCAGAGCUCAGCUGACCUCAUCAUACAAGAGUUUAUGGACUUAAGAACCCGCUAUACAGCUCUGGUUACCCUAAUGACUCAGUAUAUUAAAUUUGCUGGUGAUUCUUUGAAAAGACUGGAAGAAGAAGAGAUUAAAAGAUGUAAGGAGACAUCUGACCAUGGAGCCUAUUCUGAGCUGCUUCAGCAACAGAAAGCAACAAUGAUGGAGAACAGUAAACUCACAGGAAAGAUAAGUGAGCUAGAAAAAAUGCUAGAUGAACUAAGAAAACAGAAGUCCCAGGUAGAGCAAGAACUUCCUAAAGUAAAGGCAGCUGCAGAAAAUGAGCUGCGAAAGCAACAGAGAAAUGUGGAAGAUAUUGCUUUGAAGAAAAUAAAAGCUGAAAGUGAAGCCAAGCAAUAUCGUUGUGAGCUUGAGAACAUUGUGAAAGAGAAGAUAGCAGCAGAGCAAGAAUUAGAGCGGGUGAAGCAGCUCACAUUAGAGGCAGAAGCUAAAAGAGCUAUUGUUGAGGAAAACCUCCGAAAUUUCCGCCAGCAGUUAGAAGAACAUACACUUACUAGAAGAACCUUGGAAGACCGUCUUAAAAGAAAAGACACAAGUCUCAGUGACUUGGAGCAUCAGAAAAGCAUGUUGAUGGCAGAACUAAGAAGAAAAAAGGAGAGUGAGGAAGAACUUUUGAAACUGAUGAAGCAGAUGGAAGUAGAUCUUGAGUUUCAAAAGAAAGUUGCAGAGAAACAGUUGCAAGAAAAGCAGAAAAUCGAAUCUGAAGCCAGGAGAAAAAUAAUAGAAAUCCAACACCGUUGUGGAGAAAGUACAUUGCCAACCUGCACAACCAUACAGGAUCCACAUGGAAAGCAGAAAGCUGAUGAAUUGAAACAUCAGGUCCAGGUUCUAACUCUUGCCAACAAAAAGGCUGAAAAGGAGGUAGGAGAGCUAAAAUAUGAGCUGAAUGCCCUUCAACUUCAAAAGAUGUCAUCUGAGGAAAAGGCUCGUUUACUUAAAGAAAAAUUGGAUGAAACAAAUAGUACGUUAAAAUGCCUCAAGUUGGAGUUGGAAAAGAAAGACCAGGUAGAGCAAGGCUACUCUCAACAGUUAAGAGAACUUAAUAGGCAGUUGAACCAAACCACGGAUAGAGCACAAGAAGUAAUUCAGGAAGCUAAUGACCUAAAGAAAAUAAAACAUCAUUAUCAAGUGGAAUUGGAAUCUCUCCAUGAAGAAAAGGGGAAGCUGAAAAGAGAAGUUGACCAAAUCACUCAGGCCCGGGCACUAGCUGAAAUGAACAUUCAGCAUUUGAAUUCCAAGGUAUCCACUCUUCAACAUGAGAAGGCAUUAGCUGACGAAAGAGCAAGAUCCUGCUUAGGAAAAUCAGAACAUAUACUAACAGAAGCAUUUGAUAAAAGCCAUGAACAAUUACUUGAAAAUAUCAAAGCAGAAAAAGAAAACAAUGAAAAAAUCCAGAAACUUAAUGAAGACUUGGAAAAAAGUAAUGAGUGGGCAGAGACAUUAAAACAGAAAGUGGAUGAGCUCACCAGACAGAAUAAUGAAACCAAACAGAUGAUGCAGAAAAUUCAGUCAGACUCAGAGAAGAUUGUGUUGGAGAAACAAACGAUCCAGCAAAAAUGUGAGAUCCUAAAAAAUCAGGCAGAUAGUUUUAAAGAACAACUCCGUAACACAAACGAACAUUUGCAUAAGCAGACAAAGACUGAACAAGAUUUCCUUCAGAAAAUCAAAUGUCUGGAAGAAGACUUGGCCAAAACUCAGAGUCUGGUUAGUGAAUUUAAGCAGAAGUGUGACCAGCAGGACAUUAUCAUCCAGAAUACUGAGAAAGAGGUUAGAAAUCUGAAUGCUGAACUGAAUGCCUCCAAAGAGGAAAAGAGACUUGGUGAGAAGAAGGUACAGAUCCAAGAAGCCCAAGUGCAGGAAUUAAAUAACAGAUUAAAAAAGGUCCAGGAUGAAUUACACCUAAAGACAAUAGAAGAGCAGAUGGCACAUCGAAAGAUGGUUUUGUUUCAGGAAGAAUCUGCUAAGUUCAAACACUCUGCAGAGGAAUUUAGAAAGAAAGUAGAAAAAUUAAUGGACUCCAAAGUCAUCACUGAAAAUGAUCUUUCAGGCAUAAAACUUGAUUUUGUGUCUCUUCAACGAGAAAACUGUAUUGCCCAAGAGAAUGCUAAGCUAUAUGAAACAGAUAUUAAAGAAUUAGAAGGAAGACUUCAACAGUACCGAGAGCAGAUGCAGCAAGGGAAGAACAUGGAGGGACAUCAUUACCAGAAAUGUUGUAAACUUGAGAAGGAACUGAUGGCACAGAAAUGUGAAGUUGCAAACUUGAAGCAAAAAAUGGAUCAGCAGAUAAAGGAACAUGAACACCAGUUAGUUUUGCUUCAGAAUGAGAUCCAGAAAAAGAAUUUGUCUAAAGAUUGCAGCUUCAAACCUGACUUUGAAAGGAAAGUAAAUGAAUAUAAAUACUAUGGAGACCUAUCUUCUAGGGGAAUUGAACUUCAGCAAAAGGCACAAUCUCCCCUACUGAGAUGGGAAUCAAAGGGGUUUCCAGCUGAACAGGAUGAAAAAAGGCUACAUAAGAGUGCUGAUCAGAUAGCCAAAGAAAUGCAGUUCCGGAUACCAAAAACUACACAAGAGGAUGAAAAAAGCCAACAAUGCUACUCUGAGUAUUUUUCUCAGACAAGUACUGAGUUGCAGAUUACUUUUGAUGAACCAAACCCUAUUACAAGACUAUCAGAAAUAGAAAAGAUAAGAGACAAAGCUCUGUACAAUUCCAUAUCACCAGGUAGAUAUCAAGAUGACAGCUGCGAAAUGGAACUGGUGAAGCUCAUGAAGCCUUUGGAGAAGUCACUGGAGGAAGAAAAGAAAGAACAUGUUGAAAAAGCCAAAGAACUACAGAAAUGGGUGUCAAACAUUAGCAAGACUUUGAAAGAAAGUGAGAAGGCUGGCAAAUCAUCCUUCUCAAAGCAGCAGAUUUCCAGUGAAGAAAUUGCCACAAGGAAAGAACAGUUAUCUGAAGCCCUCCAGACUCUACAGUUGUUUCUGGCUAAGCAUGGUGAUAAAUUGACUGAUGAAGAAAAAAACGAAAUGGAAAAACAGAUCAAAUCUCUUCAAGAAGGUUACAACUUAUUCAGUGAGUCACUGAAGCAGCUUCAGGAAUCACACAUUCUAAGAGAUGAAAAGGUGGAAGAGAAGCUGGAUAAAGUCAUUGCAGGUAUCAUUGAUCAAACAACUGGAGAAGUCCUUUCAGUCUUUCACUCAAUUUUAAAAGGAUUUGUUGAUUAUGAAACUGGAAUCAGGUUGCUGGAGAUGCAGCUUAUUCUCUCUGGUCUAAUUUCACCAGAAUUAAGAAAAUGUUUUGAUCUUCAGGAGGCUAAAAAUCAUGGUCUUAUUGAUGGACAAAUUCUGUUUCAACUUGAAGAACUAAGUAAAGCUAAGGAAAUCAUUUCAUCAGCGUCAUAUACAACAAUCCCUGUACUAGAUGCUUUUGAUAAAGGGAUGAUUUCAGAAUCUGUGGCCAUCAGGAUUCUUGAGAUACAGCUUUCCACAGGGUUUCUGAUUAUUCCAUCCACAGGAGAGUGCCUGACCUUACAGAAGGCUUUUCAAAGAAAUUUGAUUUCUUCAUCAUUGUUUUCUAAACUCUUGGAAAGGCAAAACAUAUGCAAAGACCUUAUUGAUCCAAAUACUUCAGAGAAGAUCUCCUUAGUAGAUAUGGUUCAAAGAAGUAUCCUGCAUGAAAAGACUGGAAUGCGACUUUUACCUAUAAGACCACCAGAAGGAGGUAGAAUAACACUAAAAUGUGGAAGGAAAAUCAAUAUUUUAAGAGCAGCUCAUGAAGGUCUCAUAGAUCGUGAAACCAUGUUUAGAUUGAUAGGAGCACAGCUUCUUUCAGGUGGUCUGAUUGAUUCUGAUUCAGGGCAAAGAAUGACAAUUGAAGAAGCUAUACAGGAAGGGGCAAUUGACUUGAGUACAGCUAACUGUAUUCUCACUCAUCAGGUACAAACAGGUGGGAUCAUAAGUUCAAAUCCACCCACACGCUUAACAGUAGAUGAAGCAGUUCAAUGCAAUUUAAUAUCAUCUAGCAGUGCACUUUUGAUAUUAGAGGCACAAAGGGGCUUUGUUGGACUCAUUUGGCCUCAUUCUGGUGAAAUAUUUCCUGCAUCUUCCUCAUUGCAGCAAGAGUUGAUUACAAAUGAAUUGGCAUACAAAAUACUCAAUGGUAGACAAAAAAUAGCUGCUCUUUAUAUUCCUGAGACUUCCCAAGUCAUUGGUUUGGAUGCUGCUGCACAGUUAGGUGUUAUAGAUCAUAAUACAGCAUCUAUUUUAAAAAAUGUUAUACUGCCUGAUAAAAUGCCUAAUGUAGGAGACCUGGACACUUCCAGUAAAACUGCAAGAAGAUGGUUAUCCUCUUGUGAGUUUCAGCCAUCAACAAUAUUCCAUGAAUACACACAGCAAGAAGAUAUUUCAGAUGGUGGAGAGUCUGUGGAAACUCAGACCUUAGAACAAAAACAGAAUUUAUUCCUGUCUUAUUUGAUGAUAAAUAGCUAUAUGGAUGCAAACACAGGGGGAAGACUUUUGCUAUAUGAUGGAGAUUUGGAUGAAGCUAUCAGUAUGCUAUUGGAAAAUGGUAAUCAAGAAUUUGGUGCAAUGUCAGCAAAAAAAGAAUUGAUUGGUACCAAUUCAAGACAAUUUGGGGAUAUUUUAUUUAAUAGUGUUGCAAAUAAAAAGGAUGAUUACUCACCAAGUAGUUUUGAGGGGACUUGUCUCAAAGAACCUGAAAAUGAAAUAACUCUUCAAAAUAGGAAAAGUUUAGUUGAUGAAGGAUUUAAUGAUAAGGAAAAUUAUUUUAUGAGUAAUGAGUUUAAUCAGUCGGAAUGCUGGCCCCCAAACUAUAAAACCAAGAACUUAUCUGAUGUUCAUAUUCCAAGUGAUAGAGUAGGUUUUGUGCAACCUGGGAAAAGGGAUAAUGGAAUGCCUAAUUGUGAUUAUGAAAAUGUGUUAAAAAGUUGCAAAGAUGAAAAUCAGAUUGGAACUAGUGCCCAUGUAAUUAAAAACACUUAUCCUGGAAAUACUCAAAUUGAUUUUCCAAGUGAUGCAAUCAAACAUUUUAUUGGAAUUCCCAUCAAUAGAAGUAUUUGUGCCCUGAAUGAAAUAGAAAACCAAGAUAACAGAAUCAAGGACCCUAACAUCCCUGAAAAUUCUUCAAGUGAAAAUCAGUUACUCCACUCAGAUCGAGUAGGAGUCCACCAGGGAAAGAGUGUGCUUAACCAAGAUAGUUACAUACAGAAAUCUCUCAUUUCUUCUUUGCCAUUCAGUGAUCAAUCUAUAUUACUUGAUCCAGAAACUGCAGAAGGUUUUCAAGGUCUGAACAAUAACAAUAUUAGUAUCAGUUUACCAAAAGGAUCAUCUGAACUGAGGUCAUUAAAUGUUGGUUGUAAUGCUUUUCAGCUCCAGUGUGAAGGUAAUUAUUUUGACAAGUCAGAAUAUUCAAGGAAUCAGAGUGAUGUUGGCAAAAUGCAGGUCGUGAUUUCUCACUCAGAAUCCAAAAGGAAUCGGGAUGGUUCAGAGCUUGAAGAAUACUCGGGCAAUUCAAGUCUGAGUAGUGAUAUUGAGAGUAUUGAUACACCUGAUAUUUGUGGAAUACAACAGGGUGAGGAAGUUGACAGUGCUACAGAUACUCAAGCUUCUCAGCUAGAGGAUAGUGAAAGUGAUACAGAGAGUGAUAGUGAUUCUUAUAGUACUCCACUGUUAGAUGAUGACCAUGAUUCUUUGCUUCUUGAAGAUGAUGACUAUGAUUGUUUGGAACCUGAAGACUUUGACAUUCUGCAACAUGAAGCAGAUUGCACCCCUCAUCGUGGAUGUGUUUAUGCUGGGUUUUCAGAGGGGAACAAAAGCCACGUAGAUACACCAGGCUUGAAACAUAUUAAAGAAGAAAUAGAAUCAUUUCAAAAAUUUCAUAGGGUAUCCAAAGAGAAUGAUUUCCAUUCUGGUGAAAGAUUAAACUCAGAUUCUAUUGACACGGAGGUGACAAAUGGCAGGUUACUGGAUACUAUUUCAGAAGAGGAAAGCAAAAAUAAUUCUGAAAAUGAUACACCUGGGUCAGUGACUUCAAAAUGCCUAGAAAGAGAAGAGAACUUCUGUGCUUCAUUAGAAGCAGGGGAAACUGCAGGUUGGGUAGGCAGAAGGGGACAAGCUGAAUUUGGACAGAUAGCUGAGUUUGAUGUUGACCAAAACAUUGAGUGCAUGCAAAAUGAGGACAGUUAUAGAAAUAGGAAAUCUCUAUUUGCUUUUAAUGAUCAGAUUAAAUGUGAUAGAGUUGAAAUGCCCACAUCUUUGGAUAAGGAUGGAAACAUCAUGGAUGUACAAAUGUUGGCUACUUCACAUGAAAAGAAAGGUAGUGAUGAAAUUGUUGGGAAUAAUAUGAUGAAGAUAAAAUGUACCAAAGAAACUCAGAAUUUUUCUCAUUUAGAAAUACUCCAAAAUGUUAAUGUUCUACAGCCAGAACCAACCUGUGAAACUAAUUUAGUUACUAAAGAAUAUAGAUGUGAAAUUGUUGGUCAAAGCAGAGGAAGCCAAUUAAUUGAAAGGGACCCUAAGGAGUUGGAAGAAAACAAACUUACAUUACAGUCCCUUAUUAAUGAUAAAGAAUCAGAAAAUAGUGUUGGUGCUGAUUGUCUUUUAUGUAAUAAUGAUACACAUUCUAUCUCUCAAAUUGAUAAUAGUGAUUUAGGGGACAAGGUGACUAAAAUAAUGCAACCAGGUUCAGAAUCUCUUUUUGUAGUGAAAGAUGGUAACUAUCAUACUGAGAGCUUAACACAUACUAUGGAACAUGCAUUUCCUGAAAAUGUAUGUCCUGAUGGUAAUGUAAUAGAAAAAUCUUCCCAAACAAGCUAUCCAUGGAUAAUGGCUGACUCCAUUAAUCAAGAUCACCAAGGAAAGGAAACAAAUGAUGAAAUUCAAGGGAGGGAUGGAAAGAGAAAAAUGCUCUUGAAAGAAGACACGUCAGUUCCAUCUGAGGUUAAACUGCUUGAUAGAAAUGUAGUAGACUAUGAUAAAGAUUUGAACUAUUUUCCUAGAGAAGGUACUCACCCAUUUCCAGGAAUCACAACCAUUAAAGGAUGCAGUCAGACAGAGGAAGUAAAAGAAGCAAGUACAGACAUAGCAAACAAACUAAAGGAUUUACAAGCCCUAACAGUUAACAAAAAUCCUCUUCAUUUGGAGAACCUUGGAGAAAUAUUUGACAUUUCUGCUCUCAAAAUGGUCAAUGAAAUUGAUGUAAUAUAUGAUGGAAAUUCAAAUAAAGAAACUGAGGUCCAUUCUGACAGGUUUCCUAGUGAGCUUGAGGAAGAAGUAGAUUUGUUUUCUUACUUGAAAAAGUGUGCCAAAAAUAUAACAGCAAAAGAGAACUUAAAUCCAAACAAGAAUUCUUGUACCACUGAAGAAAAUAAAAUGAUAGAGAAUGACUUAAAGCUAGAAUCCAUAGCCCAUUUAAAUUCAGAUUGCCACAUCCCUAUUUUAACAUCAGACCCACUAACUGAUAAACAGUUACAACCUGGAGUUAGUGGUACCAGAGAAAAGAAGAUAGUCAUUACUCAGGAAGAUGUGCAUAUGAAUGAGAUAGCCCUAAGUCUUAAUACACUACAACAGGACUUUGAAAAAGGGUCUUUGAUUAUUCAAAUAACUUCAGAAAAGAAUGCAACACUUUUAGAUUUGCCUCUUAGAACUCAAGAAAAUGUAGGUAAAAAUGCUGAUAUGCAGACAGAACCUGAGACAUUUGCAGCUAAAAAUGAAAUAAGAAACAAGGCCAAUGAUGUUUCUGGCACUGAAAUCUCAUCCUUGGAAAUAAAUAAUAAGAAAGAAGUAACUGGGCAACAACUAUUGAAAGAACAAAAGUUGCCUCCAGAAUCACAUGCAAUGGAAACCCAGACUAGUGAAUUUUCUUAUUUGUUAGUUGACGACUUGAAAGAUAUUUUAAAAAGCAGGUUGAAAGAAGGCCAUAUAUUUUGUGGAGAAGAAGGUGAAUUUUCCUCCUAUUCAGAAAGAAAAGUUUUAAUGCAGAACUUACUUAAAAUGGUUGGCCUGACACAGUUGGUAAAAAAAAAAUCAUCUAAUAAGUUCAGUGACUCUAAAACAAGUGAUUAUACUACAGUUUCACAGAUGACUGACUCUCUAGAAGUAAAACCAGAGAUCUAUGAUAAUCCAUCUCCCCUUUGGCCUGCAAAUCUAGGUCCUGAGGUCUUCCUUAACAUUUUGAAACAGAACCAGGGUGACUCAAAGAUUUCAGGGGCAUUUGAAAUGAGGAAGGAAAUAGCCCUGAAUGAAAAUGACUCAGAGAGAAAUGAGAUUGUAUCCAAAGUUCUUCCAUUACAACUUGAAAGCAUCUUCCACAUCCUCCUUGCUGAUGAGCAUUCCCCCAAAGUAGAAUUGGUUGGUGAUUCGAACAGAAAUCUUCCUGCUAGUUUUCAGACUGAAGGUGAACAGAAUGAGGAUAGUUGUAAAAUCAAAGAAGGCUCUUUUAACUCAGAAAAAAUGCAAGAAAUUGAGCUAAUAGCAUCAACACCAAGAGAAUCAUUGGGUCACAACAUGGGUUGCCAAAGUGAGCAGCUGAUUGAGACAUUACAAAAAGUUUGCUCAAACCAAUUGGAAUAUACCGUGGAUUCGGAAGAAGUUGCAUCUGCAAAUAGUCCCUUGGGGAAAUUACCUAGUGUAUUACAGCUGUGUUUGCAACACACUGAAAAAAUGCAUGGAUAUUUGACUAUGCUUCAAGACAUGAAACUUCCUUUGGACAACCAGCAGCCAUUUGAUAACAAUCUAGAAACUUUGAAAAAUCAACUUAAAGAAUUAGAGUCCUUCCAGUUGGGGUUGGCUCCAUUUUCUGCCCUUAUAAGAAAGGACAUGAAGUUAGCUGAAGAAUUCCUGCAUUCUCAUACCAGUAAUAUUCCCAAAGAAUAUCUUGAAGAUUUAAUUAUAAGUCAUAAGAAAUUGCAAACAACACUGUUUUCCCUGCAUGAUUUAUCUUCAGAAAGAACUAAACAAAUUACAUUAGCUAUAGAUUCUGAAAUGUCCAAAUUAACAGCUUCCCAUGAAGAAUUUCUGCAUAAACUUCAGAAGUUUUCAGAUUGGAUCACAGAGAGGAGGAAGUCUAUAAAUGAUCUUAUGACAGAUACUAGUGAUGGGGAAAAUGUAAAGGAACAAUUGGAACUGCUUAAGAUUGUAUUAAAAGAACUUGGUCAUAACAAAAUUCAAUUGGAGACUAUUGCCUUUGAUGUCCAAUUCUUCAUUUCUGAAUAUGCCCAAGAUCUCUCUCCUAACCAAAACAAGCAGCUGUUGAGGCUUUUAAACGCAACUCAGAAAUGUUUUCAUGAUGUACAGGAAUCAAUAACUGCCCAAAUGGAAAUCUUAGAGACUCACUUGCAUAUAGAACAAGAUCUCAGUGAUCAGAAGAUUGUGGCAGAACGGCAGCGGGAAUAUAAGGACACCCUCCAGGGAAUAUGUGAUCUCCUCACCCAGACAGAUAACCGGUUGAUUGGUCACCAAGAAGCAAUUGUGAUUGGAGAUAGCAAGGAAGAAUUGAAGCUCUACCAAGCCAAACAAGAGGAGCUACAGAAGGAAAUGCAGAAAAGUGUGCAUGCAUUGUCAGAGAAAGUGAAAAACACUGAGAAGUUUUUGAUGGAGAAUGGAGAAAAACUCUCACAAGAAGACAAGGCGUUGAUUGAACAGAAACUCAGGGAAGCCAAUAUAAAGUGUGAGCAACUUAACCAGAGGGUUGAACAGUCAAGAAAAGAACUAGAUAAGGCAGUAACCACAGCAAUUAAACAGGAAACUGAAAAGGUUGAAGCGGUAGCACAGCUGGAAGAGAGCAAACAUAAAAUAGAAGAUCUUUUGGAUUGGUUAUCAAAUGUAGAUAAGGAAGGAGAAAGGGCAGGGAAGAAAUCUAACCAGGAGAUUGAACAAAAUGGAACUCAUUUUCAAGAAGGUGACCUGAAUUCUAUGAUUGGAGAGGAGGAUCAAGUUAAUGGUAACUUGAUGGAAAUAGAUGUUGAUGGACAAGUAAAAACCAAAGAGGAAAAUCUGAACCAACAAUACCAGAAAGUAAAGGCACAGCAUGAGAAGAUUGUUUCUCAGCAUCAGGCAGUUAUCAUAGCUACCCAGUCUGCACAAGCCUUACUUGAGAAACAGGGUCACUACCUGUCUUUAGAAGAGAAAGAGAAAUUACAGAGAAACAUGAAGGAAUUGAAGACUCAGUAUGAGACAGCCUUGGCAGAAUCAGAGAAGAAAGUGAAAUUGACCAACUCUCUACAAGAAGAAUUAGAAAAGUUUGAUGCAGACUACAAUGAGUUUGACAGCUGGUUGCAGCAGUCAGAGCAGGAACUUGAAAACUUGGAGGCUGGCGCUGAUGACUUCAGUGGAAUAAUGAUUAAGCUAAAGAGACAGAAGAGUUUUUCAGAAGAUGUCAUUUCUCACAAAGGAGACUUAAGAUACAUUACAAUUUCUGGACACCGGGUCUUAGAGGCUGCUAAGUCUUGUAGCAAAAGAGAUGGUGGCAAAGAUGACAAGGAGAAUUUGGGCACUUCUGCAACAUACAAAGAAGUACAGGGGAAACUGGACCUCGCAAGCGAGCGUUUCAAAUCUGUCUAUACUAAGUGCAGUAUGCUUGGAAAUAAUCUGAAAGACCUCGUAGAUAAAUAUCAGCACUAUGAAGAUGCCUCUGCUGGACUUCUCUCUGGGCUCCAGUCCUGUGAGACAGCAGCAAACAAGCACUUAUUGGAACCCAUUGCCAUGGAUCCAAAAAAUCUCCAGCGCCAACUGGAAGAAACUAAGGUUCUUCAAGGACAAGUAUCCAGUCACCAGGCUGCUGUCGAGAAACUGAAAAAAACAGCAGAAGUGCUUUUAGACACCAGGGGAGCUUUAUUGCCAGACAAAAAUGAUAUACAGAAAACACUGGAUGACAUUGUUGGAAGAUAUGAUAAUUUGUCUAAGUCUAUUAAUGAGCGCAAUGAAAAACUCCAGAUUACCUUGACCCGGUCACUCAGUGUGCAGGAUGGUUUAGAUGAAAUGUUAGAUUGGAUGGGAAGUGUUGAAAAUUCUCUGAAGGAGCAUAGUCAAGUGGCCCUAAACUCUGUUGCUAUUCAAGAUAUCAUCAGUCAAAAUAUGAUGUUGGAGCAGGAUAUUGCUGGUCGCCAGAGCAGUAUAAAAGCCAUGAAUGAAAAAGUAAAGAAAUUUGUGGAUACAACAGACCCAUCUACUGCAUCCUCUCUGCAAGCCAAAAUGAAGGACCUAUCAGUUAGAUUUUCAGAAGCCAGUAAAAAACACAAAGAAAAACUACAUAAUCUGGAAAAAUUGAAAACCAAAGUAGAAUCAUUUGAAAGACUUUCAGAAAAACUUCAGUCAUUUUUAGAGACAAAACCCCAGGCUCUUGUUGAAAUGGAUUGUCCAGGAAAAGAUGUUACCGAAUUAUCUCUUUAUUUUCAAGAGUCUAGUAAUCAAGUCUUAGAGUGCAAAAAAGAUCUUGAAACUUUGCAAAACUUCCUGAAGGAAUUUUCUGUACAUGGUUUCCCUGCGGAUAAGGCUUUACUUUUGGAAAAAACAAAUGCUUUGUCUAAGAAGUUCAAGGAAUUAGAGGAGACUAUUAUGGAAAAAAAACAAGCAGUAUCUUCUUGUCAAGAACAAAUGGAAUCCUUUCAGCUCCUUGUCAAAUCUCUAAAGACAUGGAUGGAAGAAACCACAGAAAAAAUUCCCAUCAUGCAAACCUCAAUGGGUGCAGAUGAUUUGAAGAAAUCUUUGGAAGAAACUAAGAAAUUACAAGGGGAGUGGAGCUCAAAAGCACCAGAGAUUCAGAAAGUAAACAACAAAGGAACAUCAUUAUGUAACUUAAUAAGUGCUAUGACUUCCCCUACAAAGGCAAUAGCAGUGAUUAAAUCAGGUGAAACAGUAUUAAAUGGUGAAGGAACAAUCUCUGAUACUCAGGAAUUCUUGACAAAUAAAGAACUGACAUCCAACAAAAAGAAAAUGGCUGACAUAAAUCAGAACUAUGAAAAUCUUGGAGUAGCAUUGAAGGAUAAAAUCUUUGAACUGGAUGCCAAAAUCAAAGUAUUGCAAAAGGCUCAGGAAGAAUCAAGCUCAAUGUUGCAAUGGUUAGAUAAAAUGGACAAAAAGGCAACAGGAUGGGAUACAACCCCUACAGAUAGUGAAGGUGUGAAGACACAAGUUGAGCAGAAUAAGACAAUUGAAACUGAACUGAAGCAAAAUGUGAAUAAAGUGCAGGAGCUAAAAGACAAAUUGACAGAUUUGAUGGAGCAGAACCCAGGCACUCCUGAAGCACCUAAAUGGAAACAGACAUUGGCAGAGAUAGAGUCCAAGUGGGAACAACUCAAUCAAGUAACAGCUGAUAGACAACAAAAACUGGAGGAAUCCUCAAAUAACCUAACCCAGUUCCAGAUGGUGGAAGCUCAGUUAAAGCAGUGGCUUGUAGAAAAAGAACUGAUGGUCAGUGUGCUUGGGCCCUUAUCAAUUGACCCAAAUAUGCUUAAUACACAGAAGCAGCAAGUUCAGAUCUUACUCAAAGAAUUUGAUACUCGGAAACCUCAAUAUGAACAGUUAACUACAACUGCUCAUAGUAUUCUAAGGAAACCAGAUGAAGACCAUCCUCUGCAUGGAUCUGUGAAAGAACAGCUGACCAUUGUGGCCCAAAAGUGGGAUAGCCUUACAGGUCAAUUGAGUGACAGAUGUAGCCGAAUUGACCAAGCCCUUGUUAAAAGCACCCAGUUUCAAAACCUGCUGAGAAACCUUUCUGAGAAGCUAAGUGACUUGGAUAAUAAACUUAGCAACAGUCUGGCUGUGAGCACACACCCUGAUGCCAUGGAACAGCAGUUGGAGACAGCCCAAAAAAUGAAGCAGGAAGUAGAACAGGAAAUGAAGAAUAUAAAAGUGGCCCAGACCCUCUGUGAAGAGUUGUCAGCACUGGUUGGAGAGGAGUACUUGAAAGCAGAACUCAGUAGGCAGCUAGAGGGAAUCUUAAAAACAUUUAAAAAUAUUGAACAAAAAUCAGGAAAUCAUGUUCAGCAACUUCAGUCAGCCUGUGCAAGCUCCUACCAGUUUCAGCAAAUGUCUAAAGAUUUUCAGGCUUGGCUAGUCACAAAGAAAGAAGAACAAAAACAAUUUCGCCCCAUAUCAGCCAAACUUGAUGUCUUACAGGAAUUAAUUAAAGACCAAAAUGAAUUUAGGAAAGUCCUGACUGACCAUUAUGAUUCUUAUGAAAAAACUAUUGCUGAAGGUGAAAAUUUAUUAUUAAAAACCCAAGAGACUGAGAAGGCCAGUGUGCAGUUGCAACUUAACAAAAUUAAAACCAAUUGGGAAGACCUUAAUAAACAAGCGACAGAAAGACAAGAGAAGCUGAAUGAUUGUUUGGAGAAAGCCCUUAAAUAUAGAGAGCAUGUAGUUAACCUUCAGCCAUGGAUAGAGAAAUGCCAGAAGAGCUUGAUGGACAUAAAGGUUUGCCUAGAUCCUGAGGAAACAGAGAAGUUGAUUUCUAAGGUGAAGGUUUUGCAGAAAGAAAAGGAUCAGCGCUUUGGAAUGAUGGAAUUAUUAAAUAAUGCUGCAAAUAACUUGCUCAAUGCCAGUGAGAUUGACAAAGAGAUUGUUACAGAGGAGAAUAAGUUGCUGGUUGAGAAAGUCGACAUGGUCGCUGAAGAACUCCAUAGUAAGAAACAUUCUCUGGAGACCAUGGCUCAACAACUUAAAGAGUUUCAAGAGAAUACCAGAGAAGCCCACAGACAACUUAUAUGUGCCAAAGAGCAGUUGGAAAUUCAUAAUUCCUUAGGACCCCAGGCUUGCAGUAAUAAACACUUAACAGUUAUGCAGGCCCAGCAGAAAUCACUUCAGGCUCUGAAGGGCCAGAUAGAUUCAACUAAAAAGUUUGCCCAGGACAUGAUAUUAGAAGCUUCAGAUUCACGGGGAACCUCCGAUCUCUUAUUAGAGGCAGAAUAUUUAGAAAAAGAGCACAGUAUAGUCAGCCAGCAAGUUGAAGAAAAGUGUGCUUUCUUAGAAACAAAGCUUCAGGGUAUUGGCCAUUUCCAGAAUACCAUCCGAGAAAUGUUUUCUCAUUUUGCGGAGUUUGAUGAUGAACUCGACAGUAUGGCUUCAGUGGGGAGAGACAGAGACACACUGCAAAGGCAGAAGAGUGAUAUCAAGAACUUUCUGAAGAAACUGGAAGACCUUAUCAAUGACAAUGAAAAUGCCAAUAAAACCUGCAAAAUAAUGUUAGCUACGGAAGAAACAUCUCCUGAUCUUGUUGGAAGUAAGCGAGACUUGGAAGCUUUGAGCAAACAGUGCAACAAGUUAUUGGACAGAGCAAAAGCCAGAGAGGAGGAAGUUGAAGGGACUAUUUGCAGGCUUGAAGAAUUUUACAAUAAAUUAGAGGACUUUUGUAACCUUCUCCAGAAAGCCAAAGAACAUGAAGAGUCACAGGGUGCUGUUGGAAUGGAAACAGAAACAAUCAACCAACAACUCAUUGUGUUCAAGGCUUUCCAGAAAGAGGAGAUCGAAUCUUUACAGGCUAAACAACAAGAAGUCAAUUGGUUGGGUCAAGGCCUUAUUCAGAGUGCUGCAAAAAGUGCCAAUACUGAGAACUUGGAACAUGAUCUCGAUGAUGUUAAUGCACGGUGGAAAACCCUUAAUAAGAAGGUUGCUGAGCGAGCAGCUCAGCUGCAAGAGGCUUUGCUCCACUGUGGCAGGUUCCAAGAUGCUCUGGAAUCUCUGCUUAGCUGGCUAGCUGAUACUGAAGAUCUUGUAGCCAAUCAGAAAUCCCCAUCUGCUGAGUUCAAGGUGGUGAAGGCUCAGAUACAGGAACAAAAACUUCUCCAGAGAUUGUUGGAUGACCGAAAGCCUACUGUUGAAGCAAUCAAGACAGAAGGGGAAAAAAUUGCAGCAGCAGCAGAACCAGCAGAUAAAGUAAAGAUUUUGAAACAGCUGAGCCUUUUGGAUAAUAGAUGGGAUGUAUUGCUUAAUAAGGCUGAAACAAGGAAUCGUCAGUUGGAAGGGAUCUCCGUGGUAGCACAACAAUUUCAUGAAACUUUAGAACCAUUGACUGAGUGGCUCACAAGCACUGAAAAGAAGCUUACAAAUUGGGAACCCAUAGGAACCCAAGCUUCUAAGCUCCAGGAACAGAUUGCUCAGCACAAAGCCAUAGAAGAAGACAUCAUCAGUCACAGUAAAACUAUACAACAGGCUGUUAGCAUUGGCCAAUCUUUAAAGAUUUUGAGCUCCAGGGAGGAUAAAGAUAUGUUGCAGGAAAAACUAGACUCCUUUCAAGUUUCAUACGUUGAGAUUCAAGAAAAAAGUCACAGCAGGUCUAAGCUGCUCCAACAGGCAUUUUGUAAUGCUCAGAUUUUUGGUGAAGAUGAAGUGGAAUUGAUAACAUGGCUGAAUGAAGUUCAUGACAAACUCAGCAAAUUGUCAGUCCAAGAUUACAACACUGAUGGGCUAUCAAAGCAACAAUCUGAACUUCUGGCUCUACAAGAGGACAUACUACUCAGGAAACAAAAUGUUGAUCAGGCAUUGCAGAAUGGUUUAGAGCUCCUGAAACAAACAACAGGUGAUGAAGUCUUAAUAAUUCAAGAUAAAUUGGAAGGCAUUAAAGCAAGGUACAAAGAUAUAAAUGAAUUGAGUUCUGAUGUAGCUAAGACUUUGGAGAAGGCCCUGCAGCUUUCAGGACAGCUACAGUCCACCCAUGAAAAUCUUUGUGCAUGGCUUGACAAAGUGGAGUUGGAAUUACUAUCAUAUGAAACACAGGACCUGAAGGGAGAAGCAUUAGGCCGAGCACAAGAAAGACAAAAAGAAUUGAAAAAAGAAUCCAAGAGCAACAAACACUUAGUAGAUGUCCUCAAUGAAGUCAGCAGUGCUCUGUUGGAACUGGUUCCCUGGAGAGCAAGGGAAGGACUGGACAAAAUGGUGACGGAGGACAGUGAGCGCUACAAAUUAGUAAAUGAUACCUUAGCUCAGAAGGUUGAAGAGAUUGAUGCAGCUAUACUGAGAUCUCAGAAGUUUGACCAAGCUGCUGAUGCUGAAUUAUCCUGGAUUGCAGAAAUUGAAAAGAAACUUAGGUCUCUGGGAAAUAUUAGACUUGAGCAAGACCAGACAUCUGCUCAGCUUCAAGUUCAAAAGGCAUUCACCAUGGAUAUUUUGAGACACAAGGAUAUUAUUGAUGAACUUGUUAAAUCUGGAGAUAAAAUCAUGAGCACUUGCCAUGAAGAGGAGAAACAGUCUAUGAAGGAAAAAUUGGAUAAAAUAUUGAAGAACUAUGAUGAUAUCUGCCAAAUCAACUCAGAGCGGUACCUUCAACUGGAACAGGCACAAUCUCUAGUUAACCAAUUUUGGGAAACAUAUGAAGAACUUUGGCCAUGGUUGACAGAAAUACAAAGGGUCAUAACUCAGCUCCCAGCUCCAGCUCUUGAAUAUGAAACUUUAAAACAACAGCAAGAAGAGCAUCGGCAACUGCGAGAGUUGAUUGCUGAACACAAGCCUCAUAUAGAUAAGAUGAACAAAACUGGGCCCCAGUUACUGGAAUUAAGCCCAGGAGAAGGCUUUCUUAUCCAAGAGAAAUAUUUGGCAGCUGAUGCUCUUUACAGUCAAAUUAAGGAAGAUGUCAAAAGGCGAGCUGUGGCCCUGGAUGAGGCCAUUUCACAGUCUACCCAGUUUCAUGACAAAAUAGAUCAGACCCUUGAGAGCCUAAAGCGCAUUGUUGAACGCUUGAAACAACCACCUCCAAUCUCAGCUGAGGUUGAGAAGAUUAAAGAACAAAUAAGUGAAAAUAAGAAUGUUUCAGUAGAUAUGGAAAAACUACAGCCAGUAUAUGAAACACUCAAAAAGCGUGGAGAGGAUAUGAUUGCUCGUUCUGAGGGUACUGACAAAGAUAUCUCUGCCAAAGCUGUACAGGAUAAACUUGAUCAAAUGGUAACAAUAUGGGAGAGCAUACACACUUUGGCAGAGGAACGGGAGGCUAAACUGCUGGAUGUGAUGGAACUAGCAGAAAAAUUCUGGUGUGAUCACAUGUCACUAGUAGUUACAACCAAAGAUACCCAAGAUUUCAUCCGAGAACUGGAAGCACCUGGCAUUGACCCCUCAGUGGUGAAACAGCAGCAAGAAGCAGCAGAGGUGAUAAGAGAAGAAAUAGAUGGAUUGCAAGAAGAGCUUGAUAUGGUUGUGAACCUUGGUUCUGAGCUCAUAGCUGCCUGUGGAGAACCUGACAAACCUAUUGUUAACAAAAGUAUAGAUGAGUUGAAUUCAUCCUGGGAUUCUCUAAACAAAGCAUGGAAGGACCGGGUGGACAGGCUGGAUGAUGCAAUGCAGACUGCUGUGCAGUACCAAGAUGGACUUCAGGCAAUAUUUGACUGGGUAGAUAUAGCUGGUGGUAAAUUGGCUUCAAUGUCACCCAUUGGAACUGAUCUGGAAACUGUGAAACAACAGAUUGAUGAACUUAAGCAAUUUAAAUCAGAGGCCUAUCAGCAGCAAAUUGAAAUGGAAAGACUAAACCAUCAAGCAGAUCUCUUACUGAAGAAAGUUACAGAAGAGAGUGAUAAACACACUGUCCAAGAUCCCUUGUCAGAACUCAAAUUGAUUUGGGACAGCUUAGAUGAGCGUAUUAUCAACAGACAGCAUAAACUUGAAGGUGCUCUUUUAGCUCUGGGACAGUUCCAACAUGCUCUGGAUGAGUUAGUGACAUGGCUGACACAUACUGAGGAUUUGCUAAAUGAACAGAAACCUGUUAGUGGAGAUCCCAAAGCCAUUGAAAUUGAACUUGCCAAACAUCAUGUGCUCCAAAAUGAUGUGUUAGCUCAUCAGUCUACAGUGGAAGCUGUUAAGAAAGCAGGAAAUGACCUAAUUGAAUCAAGUGCAGGAGAAGAAGCAAGCAAUCUCCAGACCAAGCUAGAGAUUGUAAAUCAACGCUGGCAAAAUGUAUUUGAAAAAACACAACAAAGGAAAAAACUGCUGGAUAGUGCUUUGCACCUGGCACAAGGGUUCCAUGGAGAAGUUGAAGAUUUAUAUCAGUGGCUGACUGACACUGAACGUCACUUGUUGGCAUCAAAACCUGUUGGAGGUUUGCCAGAAACAGCUCGGGAACAGCUUAAUACCCAUCUGGAACUCUGUGAUGCCUUUGAAGUUAAAGAAGAAACAUAUAAAUGCCUCAUGAAAAAAGGCCAGCAGAUGCUUACAAGAUGCCCAGAGUCUGCAGAUACAAAUGUUGACCAAGACAUAAAUAACUUGAAAGAAAAAUGGGAAUCUGUAGAAGCCAAACUUGGUGAAAGAAAAGCUAAACUAGAGGAUGCCCUUAAUUUGGCUCUAGAGUUUCACAAUUCUCUUCAGGACUUCAUCAACUGGCUUACCCAGGCUGAACAAACAUUGAAUGUAGCUUCUCGGCCAAGUCUUAUCUUAGAAACUGUCUUGUUUCAAAUUGAUGAACAUAAGGUGUUUGCCAAUGAAGUAAAUUCUCAUCGGGAUCAGGUCAUAGAGCUGGACAAAAAUGGAACCCAUUUAAAAUAUUUUAGCCAAAAACAAGAUGUUGUUAUUAUUAAAAAUCUCCUGAUUAGUGUACAAAGUCGAUGGGAAAAAGUUGUCCAGCGAUUAGUGGAAAGAGGACGAGCUCUGGAUGAAGCACGGAAAAGAGCCAAGCAGUUCCAUGAAGCAUGGAGCAAACUCAUGGAAUGGCUAGAAGAAUCAGAGAAAGCUUUGGAUUCAGAGCUUGAAAUUGCCAAUGAUCCAGAUAAAAUAAAGACACAACUUACACAACAUAAGGAAUUCCAGAAAGCACUUGGAGCAAAACAUUCUGUCUAUGACACCACAAACAGAACUGGACGUUCCCUGAAAGAAAAAGCCAGUCUGACUGAUGAUAAUUUGAAACUGGAUGAUAUGUUAAGUGAGCUCAGAGAUAAAUGGGACACAAUAUGUGGGAAGUCUGUGGAAAGGCAAAACAAAUUGGAAGAGGCCCUGCUAUUUUCUGGACAAUUCACAGAUGCUCUACAGGCUCUCAUUGAUUGGCUAUAUAGAGUUGAACCUCAAUUGGCAGAAGAUCAGCCAGUUCAUGGAGAUAUGGAUUUAGUGAUGAAUUUGAUCGAUAAUCACAAGGUCUUCCAGAAGGAGCUGGGGAAAAGGACAAGCAGUGUACAGGCUCUGAAGCGGUCGGCUAGGGAACUCAUUGAAGGCAGUCGUGAUGAUUCCUCUUGGGUUAAAGUCCAAAUGCAGGAAUUAAGUACUCGUUGGGAGACAAUAUGUGCACUAUCGGUAUCAAAACAGACACGGUUAGAAGAAGCCUUGCAUCAGGCAGAAGAAUUCCACUCUGUGGUGCAUGUCCUGCUAGAGUGGCUGGCUGAGGCUGAGCAGACACUUCGGUUCCAUGGUCUGCUCCCAGAUGAUGAAGAAGCACUCCGGAACCUCAUUGAUCAGCAUAAAGAAUUCAUGAGGAAACUGGAAGAGAAAAGAGCAGAACUAAAUAAGGCAACAGGUAUGGGAGAAACUGUCCUGGCCAUCUGUCAUCCUGAUUCUAUCACCACCAUCAAACACUGGAUUACCAUCAUUAGAGCCAGAUUUGAGGAGGUUCUGGCAUGGGCAAAGCAGCAUCAGCAGAGACUGACCAGUGCCUUGGCUGGACUUAUAGCUAAACAGGAAUUGUUGGAAGCUUUGCUGGCUUGGUUGCAGUGGGCAGAGACAACCCUCAAUGAGAAAGACAAAGAAGUCCUCCCCCAGGAGAUUGAGGACGUGAAAACUCUUAUAGCAGAACACCAGACUUUCAUGGAGGAAAUGACCAGAAAACAGCCUGAUGUGGAUAAGGUUACUAAGACCUACAAGAGAAGAGCAGCUGAUCCCUCUCCUUUACAAUCACAUAUUCCUGUCCUAGAUAAGGGAAGAGCAGGAAGGAAGCAUUCCCCAACCUCAAGUUUGUAUCCUUCUGGAUCACAAACACAAAUUGAAACAAAGAAUCCCAGGGUAAACUUAUUAGUGAGUAAAUGGCAGCAAGUCUGGCUUCUGGCUUUGGAAAGAAGAAGAAAACUUAAUGAUGCCUUGGACAGACUGGAAGAGCUGAAAGAAUUUGCCAACUUUGAUUUUGAUAUCUGGCGUAAAAAAUACAUGAGGUGGAUGAAUCAUAAGAAAUCUCGAGUAAUGGACUUCUUCAGGAGGAUUGAUAAAGAUCAGGAUGGAAAAAUAACACGACAAGAAUUUAUUGAUGGAAUUCUUUCCUCGAAAUUCCCAACCAGCCGCCUGGAAAUGAGUGCAGUUGCUGAUAUCUUUGACCGAGAUGGUGAUGGCUACAUUGACUACUAUGAAUUUGUUGCAGCACUUCACCCUAAUAAGGAUGCUUAUAAGCCUUUGACAGAUGCAGAUAAAAUUGAAGAUGAGGUGACAAGGCAGGUAGCUAAAUGUAAAUGUGCAAAGCGAUUUCAAGUGGAACAGAUUGGAGAUAACAAAUACAGGUUCUUCCUGGGAAAUCAGUUUGGUGACUCCCAACAACUUCGUCUUGUUCGCAUCUUGCGAAGUACUGUGAUGGUUCGUGUUGGAGGUGGAUGGAUGGCACUAGACGAGUUCUUAGUGAAAAAUGAUCCUUGUAGGGUUCAUCAUCAUGGGAGUAAAAUGUUACGUUCGGAAUCAAACUCUUCAAUUACUACUACUCAGCCUACUAUAGCUAAAGGAAGAACCAACAUGGAACUCCGUGAAAAGUUCAUUUUAGCAGAUGGUGCCAGUCAGACAACUAUGGCAGCUUUCCGACCCAAGGGACGGAGAUCACGACCAUCAUCCAGGGGAGCUUCACCUAAUAGAUCAACAUCAGUAUCAAAUCCUGCUGGUCAGGUGGCCUCACCUCCAGCCCCCAUAAUUAGCACCCCUAAGAUAGUCCAACCUUUAAUACGCAAUUAUGGUAAACCAUGGUUGACGAACAGCAAAGCGUCAACUCCUUCUAAACCAGCAGAAUCCUCAGAAUUUCAAGUAUCAUCUGCAGAGGGAACACCAAUACAGGGAAGUAAGCUUCGACUUCCAGGAUAUCUAUCAGGGAAAGGGUUCCACUCGGGGGAAGAAGGUGGAUUGAUAACAACUGCAGCUGCUCGAGUUCGAACACAGUUUGCAGAAACCAAGAAAAAUCCUAGUAGACCUGGAAGCCGAGCUGGGAGCAAAGCUGGGAGCAGGUCAAGCAGUCGCCGUGGUAGCGAUGCCUCUGACUUUGAUAUUUCAGAAAUCCAAUCUGUGUGCUCAGAAAUGGAGACUGUGCCUCAAGCCAACAAACCAACCCCCCGGGCAGGUUCUCGACCAAGCUCAGCUAAGCCUUCCAGAAUCCCCACGCCGCAGAGGAGAUCACCUGCUAGCAAACUGGACAAGUCCACAAAAAGAUAGUGCGAUUGGUUCUGCCUUCCUUGUGCAUUUACUAUUUAAGUUUGUAAAAUAUGAUGUAGAGAUUAUUGUGAAAUAUUGUAAGAGGUGAGUUUAAAAUUCUGCAGAUGGCCUUAUUUUGUGUAUUUACCUUGUUCUUUUACCUGUAUAAUUUUUUGUUGGAUAUUUUGGGGGUUAUACCACAUCACAUGUGAAGGGAAAGAAAGAGUUUUUAACAAAUAUUAACAAUUGUACACAGCAAUGUGUAGAACUUACAUGUGAAAUUCAAUUCCUGUAUGUACAGGUAAGUCUGCACCUAAGAGAGGCUGCAUCACUGCAUCCAUCAUUAGCUGACAGCUAGGGAUACCUCAUGGCAUAUCUUUUUUUUUGUUUGUUUUUUUAACAGAAACAACCGCCAAAAGACAUAAAAUGAUCUAUUUUAAGAUUAUUAAAAUGAACUACAAGAGAUGGGUUAUAAAAAAACCCCGAAAAUACCCACUCGCAUACAUAGCCACACACCAAAAAUUCAACCCCACAAAGAAACAAAUCACAUUCACGGCAUUGUUAUUUCAAGCAGAAUCUGUCAUAAAACUCAGUUCUCUGGAAAGUAACUUCUAGCACUUGCCAGUUCUAUAAAACUCGAAUACCUUGCAGCAUUUCUGUGCCAUUGCUUUAAAGGAGGCCAGCAACCUUCUGGAUAUUAAAACUAUUAUCCUAUAAGAAUAUCAAUACAAAGUGCAUUCAUUUCAAUGUGAGGUUUUCUUUUGCUUGACUGGAUGGUAGCACUGUAUCAUUGAACUCAUUUUGUAUCAAAGCAACUAUGCUUGCAGAAAACUAUGAAAUAAAAUAUGUCCCUUACCUACAAUGCUAUGGAAUUAAUUUUUUCUUUCCCUAGGGAAAAAUCAGUACUACAUUAUUUUUAUGGGUAAUAAUAAAGGAGUGACCAAAAGAGACUUUUGAAAAAAAGUGGAUUGGUCUUAAUUUCCCAGCUUAAAUAAUUACAUUCUGAUAUCAUGUCUAUAUUUAAUAUAUAUACGUUUUAAUUUAUUAUGUAUAUUCACAUAAUAUAGAAAAUGUUAGUAUGCAUUUAAUAAAACAUAUUCACUUGUA